AUACUAUACGUGCAAAUAGCCGAACUGCUGGUGUGUGCGGUGGUAUUAUGCGUCGCCAUCAUGCUGAUUAUUUUCGCUUUGGUGGUGAGCAAGCGGUCUAGACGAGGGACAUCGCGUGGCAAACUGCACUCCUACGUAAAGGGCGGACGUCGAAUGGCAGUAAUUCUUCUGUGGACUACAUUCGGCCAGCUAACAUUGUGGGUGAUUCUGACAAUCGGGUUGGCAGUGCCUAACGUCGCCUGGGCGAUGAUGGCAAGCGUAUGUGAACACGAACUCGCCGACUUCUACACUGGUCCCGGUGUGCAAAAGCCAGGCAUCUACGAGAACAACAUUCCACUGAAACCGUACUGGGAGGAGCCAGGCUACCGUCCCACACCGCGUUUCAAUGGCGAUGACCUUGCCAGGAGUUUUCCACACCUCCCAAUUCCACCAAUGAUCAACCCGGCCAAUUAUACGUUUAGGGUGUUUGAGGAAAUCGGUCGAUCGGAUGGGUUUUACUACGUCUUCAACCUCACAGCCUACGGCAAGUUGUUUGAAGUUGUAAAAACUGCGGGAUCCCUCUACGGCUGCGGUUUGGGAGGCGCUCUCAUGGUUGUCGUUGGACUGUCUCUUAACUUGGUUGUCAUGGCGAGCUACAAAACAAGACUAAAAGUGACGAAGGAGUACAAGCAGGCGGCGUUGCUAAAACCACCCAAUGACAACGUAGAAUACAUCUGA